UCGUGUUGCUCCCAACGAAGGGUUGUGCUCUGCUGGCAUCCAGACGGAGGCAGGAGUGGCUGACCUCACUUUGGUGGGGGACAGAGGUUGAAAAAUAAUACAAGAAGCACAUAAGCAAUGAAAUGGAAAUACCAGAAAACCUGUAUGAUGAUGCCACUGAUGACGAUGACAAAGAUGGAUCAAUUCAACAAGGAAAGAUUGGAAAAACUGAUAAUCCGCAAUUUUCUAGGAAGGAAAAUAAAGAGUGGGAUAGUAGUGUUCCUGCCUUGUACAUGAAGCAAGUAAAGACAAAUGAAAAUAAAAGCUGGACCUCAGAAGAAUCUGUGAUGACACCAAUGUUUGAGGAGACCAACUUAUUAACUGGUGGUCUACUGCAAGUGGAUGAUGACAGCAGUUUAAGUGUAAUAGAUCAAGAUGAAGGAAGGCCUGCCGAGGAAACAUCUGAGGAAAGGAACACGGUCAAUAACCAAAUAUUUCCUAGGAAUGACCUUGAUGACUUAACUCAGUCAUCUGACAUAGUCUCAGAGGAUUGUGAGUUGCCUUCCUCAAAUUAUAAGAAAUUUAUGUUGCUCGUUGAACAACUUGGAAUGGAUUGUAAAGAUUCUGUUAGCCUAUUGAAAAUCCAGGAUGCAGUUCUUUCAUAUGAAAGAUUAAUAGAACUUAAAAAAAAUCACUGUGAACAACUUACAGUAAAAAUUAAAAAAGUGGAAAAUAAGGUUAGUGUACUACAAAAGGAGCUAUCUGAAACAAAAGAGAUAAAAUCACAAUUAGAGCACCAAAAAGUUUCUUGGGAGCAAGAAGUCUGCAGUUUGAGAUUUACCUUAAAACAAGAAGAAGAGAAGAGAAGAAAUGCCUAUAUGCUGUACGAAAAAAUCAGGGAACAGUUAAGAAGAAAAGAAGAGGAAUAUAGCAAAGAAGUUGAAGUGAAACAACAACUUGAACUGACUCUGAGGACACUAAAUAUGGAAUUGAGGACAGUAAGAAAUAAUUUGGAUCAGGUUAUACAAGAGCGAAAUGAUACCCAGAGGCAACUUUCUCAAGAACAGAAUGCCAAAAUAAUGCAAGAUGAGAUUCUGAACAAUCACCUUUGCAAACAAAAGAACCUAGAAAUGGCUCUAAAGAAAAUGAAUUCUGAGAUUUCUCAUAGUCAUGAAAAAGAAAAAAAUCUGUUGCAUAAAAAUCGCAUGUUGGAGAAUGAAAUUGCUGGGCUAAGAUUGGAAGUAGACACAAUAAAAAAACAUACCCAGGAAAUAGAAAAGAAAUAUUUCAAGGACAUUAAAAUUGUGAAAGAAAAGAAUGAUGACCUUCAAAACACCAUGAAACUGAAUGAGGAAGCAUCAAAAAUAGUAUCCAAGUGUAGUGAACAACUGCAUGUUCUGACAACUGAGAAUACAAUGCUGAGUUCUAUGCUGAAGAAUGAAAAACAAAACAAGGAAAGAUUGGAAAGAGAAGUUGAAUUAUACCGUUCUAGACUGACUGCUGCAUUCCAUGAUCGUGGUGAAAGUCCAACAUUAAAAAGAGACUUAGACCUUAGUUUCCAGAGAGCGAGAGACGAGUGGUUUGAGUUACAGGACAAGAUUAAUUGUGACAUGUCUAAUCUAAAAGAUAAAAAUGUGAAUCUUUCUCAACAACUUCCUAAAGCUAAGUGUAAAUUCAACAGCCUAGAAAUUGAGCUCAGUCACACGAGAGAUACUGUCAGACAAAAAACUUCGGUUUUAGAGCUUGUACAAAGAGACCUUAGCCAAACACAGUGUCAAAUGGAGGAAAUUGAACAUAUGUAUCAAAAUGAACAGGGUAAAAUUAAUAAACACAUGAGAAAGGAAUCUGUAGAUGAGGGAUUUUCUCAACUACACAGUGAAAAUAUGUUUCUUCGACAGCAACUGGAAGAUGCUCACAACAAAGCUGAUGAUAACAAAAAGAAAUUAAUUAAUAUCCAAGAUGAAUUUCAUGCUAUUGUAAAAAAACUUCAAGCUGAAGGUGAAAGGCGAAAGCUUGUGCUACAAGAGAGAAAUGAGUUAAUGAGUGAAUGUAAUCAUUUGAAAGAAAGACUGCACCAGUAUGAAAAAGAAGAAGCAGAAAGAGAAGUAGUUCUAAAACAAUGUCAACAAGAACUGGAUGUUACCCUAAAAAAUCUACCUAGGUCAGAGGCUUCACUAGAGGUUGCAUCACAUUGUCACACUCAUUUAGAAGAUGAGACAGAGGCUUCAAAGAAAAAAUUAGAUCCAAGCAGAAGUCAAAUUGAUAAUCUUACAGCAAAACUGGAAACUGUAUCUUUAAAAUGUCAACAUCUGAGGGCAAAGAAUCAAAUUCUUCAACAGGAGUUAUUGUCUAUGAAAACAAUACAGAAGAAAUGUGAAAAACUACAGAAGAAGAAGAAUAACUUGGAACAAGAAGUAGUAAACCUCAGAAGUCAUAUGGGAAUGAAUAUGGUGGAACGUGGUCAAGUAGAACAGUAUAAAUGGGAAAUUGAAGAGAGAGCAAGACAGGAUAUAGUAGAAAAAUUAAAAGAAGUCAAUCUAUUUUUACAGGCACAAGCAGCAUCUCAAGAUAACUUAGAGCAGUUAAGAGAGGAUCAUAUGGCUUCAAUACAUUAUCAGAUGGAACUCAGAAUUAAAGAUAUGGAAUCUGAAAUGUCUAAAAUGAAAACUCAAGAAGAAUUUAAUAAAGCUGAAUUGAAACAAUAUAAGCAACUAUAUCUAGAAGAAUUAAAAGAUAAACAAUCUUUGUCAGAUAAACUAAACAAAAGUAAUGAGAAACUAGCAGAGGUCAGGUCUGAACUGCUUGUGGAGCAAGAGAAGAACAGGUCUUUACGCCACAGCCACACUCUUACUUCGAGGCCAGUCCUAGAGUCACCUUGUUUUGGAAGUCUUAAUGAUACUUCAGUUCUCAGCAGAACAUUUACUCCAAGGGAAAACUUGGCGAACCCCACCUCUACCCCACGGACUUCACAUAGCAGCCUGCAGAACUACUUUACUAUGAUGCAGCUGGAGUUUGAGAAAAAUAUAACUAGAGAACUAGAGGAAGGGUCUAUUUCUGCUCAUUUGGCCACCGACAAUUCUGUGAGUUUCUUAUCCAAGUAUGAUGGAGGAAGCAUUCAUCAACAAUCAUUUCCCUUGAACACAACUCUGCCUGAGAGGCUGAGCAAGAACGCAUAGGUUAAAAGGCAGCAAGUUAACAAUGCAAAGGUUGUUAGUAUUUCGUUCCUCUGUUUCUGAGAAGUUAAAAAUGACUGCUGGCACAGGAAGCAUCGAGGAUUUACUGUGCUGUUCCAGCUCUCUCCAGAUGGUGCCAGAAAAACUGACUAUUGACGUGCAAAAGAAAUUGGACCCUUAUCUUUCACUGUACACAAGAAUCAACUCAAAGUGAAUUGAAGAGUUAAAGGAUUUUCAAGAACUUAAAAGUGAAAACAAGCAAAUGAAAAACCCACCCAGAAAAAGGAGAGUCUAGGACAUGCCCAGCUGAAAGCUAAUGGCACCUUUAAGGAAUUCAGAAAGAUCAAUUUGACUGCAGUUUGAAGAGUGGGUUUGAGCUGGGAAAACUGCAACCAGGGACACAUACAGGAGGCCGUGUAGUUCCAGACAAAAGAUAAUGGAAACUAAACUAUGGCAGGGGAAGAGAGGAAGCCAUUAUGUUAGCCAGAUGUGCCUGUAUUUUGAAAAGAUCAAAGUCUUACCUGAAAUAAAGGGAGGAAAAACUUUGCGAGAUUUCAUUCCGAGAUUCAGAAUAUCAGUCAAGGCAUGUGGUGUCACAAAACUCAACCACCUAAGAAGUAAUCUUGAUGACUGCUUCACCAUGAAAUGGCAAUUGCACACUGGGACCACCCCCUUCAGAGAGAAGAAAAGCAUAUGUCAAAUUGCCUUAACUAGAGAUCCUUCAGGCAAAAUGCAUCCCUUUUUGGCACUGUCAAGAGCUGGAAUAAAUCAGAGAUAUCAUGCUGCCAAUAAGAUUAAGAAUGUAGCUCCAAUGAAUAAUAUCCAGAUGUUUUGGUAGAGUUUGAAAUCAUUGCAGUUAGAUUGUAGAUACCAACUGAAGUUGCUAUCAGUGAACAGCUCAAGACUUAAGGACUGACUGCCUCCCUGGGCGAGACAUGAUCAAGUUCAGACAAUGUUUGCUGUAACACAGGUUAUCCAGCCAAUAACUCUAGGAAGUUAUAUUUGGUUUGAGAAUUGAAAUAUAUGUGAAGAUGCAGCUGCAAACAUCAGUUUAAGAAUCUCACUGAGCAAGAGAAGGCAAAGGUGCUGGCACAACGAAGAACAGAUUCCAGUGAGGAGUCAUUGCUUGAAAAUAGCUACCUCAGGAAUUAGACCCCUCCAGCAAACAACCAUCAGCCCACACAGGAUCAACCCCUUCACUCCCUCCUUCUCCUUGGCCUACUCUACCUGACAAUGAUGAGGAUGAAAACCUUUGUGAUGAUCUACUUCCACUUCAUGAAUAGUUUUGGAACAAUUGCAUGAUGGGUUUUUGGGAAUAAGAGAGUGAAUGAGCUGUGAGCAAGGUCACCAUGGUGAGAAUUUGAAAGUAUAAAAUACCCGUGGUGGAGAAAUUCCAGGUUGCAAAGAAGUCCAGGGAGUGGAUUGUUACAGUAAAUUGGUAGGAAUGAUCAUUCCUGUGGAUGACUUUAAGGGUUAUACAUGAAGGAGUUGGACAGAAAUUGGCCUGAGAGUUUUACCAGGGCUGGAGAGAACAUUCCUGAGUCGGGGGCCAAAACAAUCGAUGCAUAAAAGGAGGAAUGCCAGAAAGCAGGGGACGUCAAGAAGAAGAUUCUGUUAGGCUAGACAGAAAUACUACAAAGAAUUGUUUGAUUUGUUCUUUUUUAUUCUUUGUAUUUUUGUCCAAGCUUACUAGCAAAUAACUGAGUAGUUGCAAAUACAAGCAAGAAAAGUGACACCUAUGUGUCUUGUUCUUGGGCUUGUAUUGUUUGGAAAGGAGGAUGAUAAGUAGCCCACGUGGGAGAGGGCUGUAGGAAAGAAUGUGUUCUCGAGUAGUUGGUUUCAGCCAGGACUAGCAAAGGGAAAGAAUAUGUCAUGGAAAAGUUAGAGAGAAUAGAGCAAUUUGAUGACAGUGGAAAGAUUAGUCAGGUGAGAGGCUUGGUAGAAAAGUUUGUAGAGGAAGAAUGAGAUUGGGCAAAAAUGUUAUGGCAAAGCUAGAGUAGGAAUGAUUUAUUCCUGGAGUUUACAUUUCUAGUGGUAGUCAAGGAUAAAGGCAGUGAGAAGUAUGUG